AAGGAAAUUGCCAUCGAACUCCUAAAAAACAGAUAACGCAGACCAAAAAGUGACAAACAGCUGUGGCAGCAGACUGAAGGUUCCUCCAAAACUCAAGAAUGACUUUGAUCGAUUCACUGGUUCUCUGCUUCUUUUUUAUGGCCAGCAGUUGCCAUCAAGAAACUCCAAACGACGCAGAGUUUUCAAUCAAUGUGAGAACAGACAUCGAAGUGGAAUUUGGCAGAUGCAUUCAGAUCCCAUUUAGUUUCACCUACCCAAUAAACAAAGUUAAAUUCCCAUAUAAAGUGGGUUUGUUCAGAGAAGAUCCAGAGAAUAUAAUCAAAAGAAAAUUUUACCAUAGAGAUAAAGUGACAGAAAACAUGUUUAAGAUAAAGGGCCUGCCACAUGGAACGUAUGAAUACGGCUUCAAAUUGGAAUGGCAAAGUAAUCAGUACGUUUUUCCAGAGAGGGUUCGGAUUUCAAUUUCUGCACCAACCCAGAAACCAACUGUGAUGGAUUUAACCAUGAAGGAGGGAGAAACUGCCUGGCUGCAAUGUGACGCUCCACGUUUAUGCAUUAAUCGAACAAAAAUGUACUUCAAAUGGACAGAGUCUAAUGGAUCUGUGACAGUGUAUGAGAAUAAUGGAGAUGAUAAAAUUAUUCUAUACAUCGCCGCUGAAGCAGAUGACCACAACACCAGCGUCACAUGUGUGGUGGAAUAUAAUGACACCAUUAUUGAAAAAACUGUCACCUUAACUGUGAAAUCUGCUCCCAAAAUCCUAAAUGGUUCCCAUUGCAUUGUUGAAGGAGAGCUCCUGCACUGUGUGUGCAUCAGUCAAGGGAAUCCCCUGCCGCCGAUCACAUGGCCUUUGGCCUCUCUCACAGACUUCUCAGUCACGAGCACGAGCAGCAUCCAAACAGUGCACAGCAUCAUCACCAUGCCUACUGCUGACCACUACAGCCCCAUCACUUGCAUCAGCACGAAUGAUCUGGGUCAGGCUGUGAUGGAUAUUCCACUUCAAAACCACACAAAGAUUGAGUAUGGCUUGACAUCGAACCCCAUGCGUGAUGCAGUCCAUCCCUGGAUAAUCACCGGUGUGUCUUUAAGCAUGAACCUGGUCCUCCUCGCCAUCCUGAUCAUCUCCACUCACAACUGGGGUAAAGGUCAAGAGAAGGAAUGUGGUGAAGAUAUGGACACUUAUGCUUCCCUUAACCUGGCAGCUGUUGAACAACCCUAUGGUGUUAUUACUCCACAGACCAGAUGAAUUCUGCAACCUUCAUGUCAUGUUUGUAUUCAAAUGCUCAUUUCAAUCCUCCAGUUAUAUUAUUUUCUAUCGUGUUUCUGUUGUUUAAAUCUGUGAACUACAUGUGCUUGUACAUUACUUCGACAUUAACCAGAUCAUUUGCAGUCGAGUCACCAGGGUGCAUUUACACUCUGUUUUACAGUCCAGUUUAUAUGCUGUAUUAAAUAAAAUAAAAAAAGUAGUGUGGAAAUAAGGUGUGAUGUUGUUUUGAGACACAUAAAAUUGCUUAACAUGGCACCUGGGAUGUGCACACAAAGCCUGAGGGGUAGUAAUUCAACUAUAAAAAGCUGCAAAGUGACUACAGCAAAAUUCAAAAUAGCCCAGGCUGAGGUAAGUUGAUUGUGAUUGUAAAUUAAACACCAGCCAAAGCAGCUUUUAUUUUCUGUACCAAAAUAAUGAAGAAAAUGAAAUAAAAUUCUUAAAUUAUAAACUUAAGCAGUCAUCGGUUUCACGACCUUUUCAAAGGAUAUAUAUGAUGAUCAGGAAUUAAUGGAGGCCACCAGUUGUACAUGAGGCAUGGCAUGGCAGAUCAUCUGUAGGCUUUAACGGUGUCGAUCUGUCUAAAGCACGGCUCAUCCUUUUACACACCCACUGA